UCUAUAGGUGGUGGUUCCUAAAUUCUCAAAUGUUUUUAAAUUAAAUUCAAUAGAAAUGUAAUGGAAAUUUGUAAUCACAUAUAAAAUUAGAAUCUAUUUUAUAAGAAAUUGUACAAGAAAGUCUUACCUUCCUAUAGUGAUAUUAUUGUUGUACAUUUUUUCAUAAUGGAACUUCUCACCGAAUUUAUUGAUGCGAUAUAUCUACGUUGAAAAAGGUGGCGCGCGUUGAACUGUGGUUUAAAAGUUUUUUUUUCAAUGUAUACGUGGUUAAAUAUAAUAACAUACCAAGGACAUGUACAUAACAAACUCCCGACGCUCUAUAUGUUUGACAAUUUGUGCGGGCUAUGGAUCAUGCAUAAGUGGCAAUGAAAACUUGACCGCGCUAUGGAGCCUAAGGAUGGAUGGAGCGGUGGACAAACAACUGCAGCUAACAAUACCACCGAGCGCGCGCAGGCCGAACGCGACCGCGUGCGCAUCGAGUUCUAUGCCACCUACGACGUCAUGACCGGCGUGCGCAUAGCUGCCACCCUUGGCGGCUUCUUCGCCCUAAUGGUCUUUUUAAUCGUUUACAAGAGCCGGAGUAAAUCUGUGAAAGCGUUAAAUGACCCUAAACUAGUGGAACUAGCGGAGGCAGUAGUCGCCGAAGAGCAAGCGGUGGAAGAAGAGCGUCAGUUGAACGCGGCUCUAGAGGAAGCCCUCUCAGAACGAGCUCGUUCACGCCCAUCCAUAGGGGAAGUGCCGCUUUGGCCCCGAACUGCACGAUUUGCGUCGUACGGCGGUGGUUACGGUAGCUUACUAGCGCCUCCACGAAGACUUUCGACUCUUCGUGGAGAUUCGCUACCCGGAUCCGCAUUGAGGUUUAGUGAAAGGCGAGCGUCAGCUGGACCUCGUGAUAGGCGAUUGAGUUCGGCUACGUGCUCGAGUUCGGGGAGUUCCUAUUUGGAGAGGCGUGGGUCAUCAGUAGUGUGCUCUUUGCCGGAGCGCAGAUUGUCCCCAUGCCCGAGUGAGCGACUGGCUCCGCUCGCGUCAGUUGGGAGCGUGGGCCCAUCGUUUGCAGUGGAAUGUGAUCUAGCGUCAGUGGGCGCGGACUCUGUGUUUGCGGAGGAUGAAGUGGAAUCCACAGACGAUGAGGUGGAGCAAUUCUCGACCGACAGUGGCGGCCCCGAAGCUGGUCCAUCCGAGUGCACGGAGUUGGCGAGUCGGCCGGCGCUGCCUAUGCGUAUCGAGCGCGCUUCUCAUUCUCGCGAAACGUUAUUCUAGUCGUCAGCGAUCAUCGCUGAAUGUUACAUGUUAUAGAUAUUUUAAUAUCGACUCGUUCGUGUUUAUUGCCUACAAAUUUUCUUCAUUAUAUUUAGAACAUAUCACAGCGUCAGGAUAAUUUAACAUAUCAUUUUGAAAUAUCCCACAUGGAUUUAACUCACUGACGAUUCAGUUCCUUUACCCUUCUUAAAUAUGCAUGUGCUCAUAUGAAAGUAGCUCCUACUUUCAUAUGUUCUAAGUUCAGAUAUCAUGUCUUUGUCUAAAACUCUAGGUUUAUCACAAUAACUAUUAAAUAUUCACGAAAUAAUUGAAUACAAUUUUACGAACUCGUCGAUAUUUUAAUAUCGAUUGUAUUGUAAAUAGUUGGUUUUGUUAAUUCAUUAAUGUAUCGCAAUGUUGAUGUUCUAAGGCCACGAUACAAUUUUAAAAUGUGAUCACAGCCACUAGUUGACAAAAUGUCUGGAACUGAAUAUCGAAUUGUCGAACGUAGAGCUUUCUAGUCAAAUCGAUCUAUCGCUUUAUAUGUGACCUAUUUUUAAGAAAAAAAAUGUAUUUUCGAUUUUGGAACUCUGUUUCCGCCAAAUGAACAAAAUAGACAUAAAUAUUAUUGCGCACAAAGAUAAAAUUUUAUUCCUGUACGAAAUCGAAGCUACUAUCGAACUUUUAUACGUUAUAUCAUUGUGUGAUACCUAAAAUAUAAAGCAUCAAAACUAAAAUACAACAAAUUCUAUUUGAUCGAAUGAUGUGACCGCGAUUCAGCAGCGAUUAUUUCGCCAAAAUCCUAUUUACAUUUAAAACAGUAUUCAUCCCAGGUUUUGUGUAACUUAAUUAUGAUAAUUUAUUCAGUAUUCAAUGCCGUGAAAAUUAAACUUGGAUGAUUUAAAUGACUUCAGCACCCGUAUUAUGAUUGUAACUUAUCUGACAGUUGCUGAACUGUUAUUUCCAUUCAAAUUUCGAAGGAGAAAAGUGAACAAUCAGUAUUUGGAUUGGAGAGCACACGGUGUCGGCUAUCACGAGACAUCAUUGCAAGGCAGCAGAACUGGAGGCGUAAACAUAGGGUCAGUCACCAUUUAGUGUUCUUUUGUAAAUGUGUGUUAGACAAAGAAAUUACUGUUAAUUAUAAACUGCAAGUAAAGAACCUACGUACUUUUUGACUGCAUGUCAGGAUCGGGAGACAUUUAUAUUUUUUAUUUCAAUGCCUGCAAUGGCAAUAUUAAAUAACCGCGUGAUUGUUUUUAUUGUGAAAGUGUUUGUUGGUUGUUCCGAUGUGUUAGAUGCUGAACUGUCUAUUCGAGACACUUUACGGAAGUAUUAAAAUUUAGUAUGUGCUAUUAAUAUAUAUUCAUUCAUGUCCAAUAAUGUAGUAAUUUUCUGCUGAAAACUAUUUUUUUUUUCCGCUGAAACCUAUUCUUUUCCGGCGAAUUUUGCUAUAAAUAAAAUUGGUCGAAAUUAAUUGAAGAUUGAUUCCAUUCGUUACACAAAGAAAUAUUCCAUGUCAAUGAUUUAUUUCGGCGUCACUACAACUAAAAUGAUUCAAUGAGCGGAAAAUUAUUUUAGCCGUUUAAAUAUAGGCACACGUGCCAAUCUUUAUAUUAUUAUAUCUUAAAAGAAAAACAAGCACAUUUUGCAAAGUUUUAUGUAUAAUUCUGAAUUAUUUACGACUCGGUGUAUUCAUUUGUUCUAUUAUAUGUACGAGCGCUUGACAGAGUGUUGUUAAAAAUUAGUUUGUUAUAAUAUUAUCAAGUGAUGUUAAAAGUAAUGUUGUUUAUUUAAUUACUACGAUUACUUUUAGGAAGUUAUAACGAUAUGUCGAAUGUAAAAUUUUAGUGGCUUCAAGGUCGACCCGACCUAUUAGCCAAAAAUACAAAUGUGAUAUCAGUCACAGUAGUCAAUAGAUUUCGAGAAGUUUUUAGAGUUUUAUAAAAUUGCCAACUCUUGUUCGCGUAUUUAUCGUAAGAAAAUUUUAACAAAAAAAAUCCUAUUGCCGAAUCAUUAACGGCUGCUCUCUUGAUUUUUUAAAAAGUACAUUAUUGUAAAUCUGCUGCAAUCGGAGUAAAUACUAUUUUCUGUUCAGAGGAACAAGUUCUUACAUCACCGUUUUUUAUAAGUUUUUUUAUACUGUGGCUAUGUCUAACUUAAAGUAAAGUAAAGUAAUAGACCAACCAGGUUAUUCAAAAUUAAUGCUUUAAAUUCUAUAAAAUGCCGUAGGAUUUUUUAUACAUUUCCCAUUUCAUAGAUUAGCCAAUGGGAUAACUUAAUGAUGAAAUGACGCUAACAUUUUGAAUUUAUGGAGAAAUUAUUUUUGCAUCAUAAAUGUUAUUCACAGAUUUUCAGUGAAUUUUUGUGAGUGGUCAUUUGACCAUCGUUAAUUUGAGUCUUUGCAAUUUUUUACCGCGCCUUCGGUUUAUUUUUUUAAUAAACCGGAACUUUUCGGUUUAACGGCAAUAUAUUUAAUAAACAAAUUAUAAAAACUAUCUCUUCUACAGCCAAGCACAAUAUUAGUGGGUUAGUACUAUAAAAUUCCUGUCGGAAAUUAUUGCAAACUUUAUGUUAAAGUCCAGAGCGGUGUAGUGGUGACAAUUCUUAUUUUGGCAAACUGUCUAGGCAAUACUCACCUAGAUUUGGCAGAGCUGUACCCACCCCAUUCACCCCUAUUAAACCAAUUAAAAUCUUAAAUGGGGUAUGUCAGACCUUAGUUUAAGUUGUCUUGUGAAGAAACGUCACAUCUACGUUGCCGCCAAUCUAACAUUUUAUAUGAAGGACUAAGAAACAACAAGAUUUGACCGCUAUAUAUAACAAAGACAUUUAAAGUCACUCUGUUAGUUGACUUUGUUAGCUUGUUGUUCUUAGUUGCACUAGGGGCUAUGAAACCGGGGACCUGCUGCCACACUCGCUCGAGUAGAUUUCGAGUAUGGAAACACUGAUAUAGUAAUAAAAUCAAACUGAUGAUCGUUGUUUUAAAGCUAGAAAGUUUCAUUUAUUUAACGGAGACUUAUAUACUCUACAACAGCUCUAAUAGAUUCACUCUACCACUGGUUCGAAAGGUAGAAACUCAGCAGUCGCUCUAUUCCGACAUUAACAUUGUAAUUAAUAGCAGAUACUUCCAAACGACCUGCUAAAAAGUUCCACGCUUUUAUUAUUACCAGUGCUUUUGGAUUAAAAAAUAAAUUUCCUUCAAAAUGUUUAAUUUUAAAAAGAAGUACAUUCGAUUAAUUUUACUUUUACGAUAGUGUGUUUCGAUACUCGAAAACGACCAACGUGUGCAAAUCGAAAACGACCAAAGUGUGUUUUAAAAAUCCAACUGGGUGAAUUUGCUGAUUAUAAAAGUUUCUAUGAUCUAUGGUUACCCAUUUCUCGAUAAUUGUUAGGAUUCCAAGAUUUGCAAGACUUCGCAUAUGUAACGUUUCUCAUUCCCUCUGCUAUUUAGUUUUACUUUAACGUACGUUGACCUAUUUACGUCAUUUUAAAUUCUGUAGGUAAUAUUGAUUUUUAUUUGAAAAACUCCUCUUGGAGCUUUACAGCGCAAACAAACUUAAGCCUUAAACUAAAUCUGUUUCGGUCAAUAUUUCUUUGUCGUUACAGUGUAUCGAUACUCGAAAAUGGCGAAGGUGCAAAUUUCAUAGGGUACAUUCUACUUGGAAACUUACAUUAAGUGUUCUGUUAUCUGAGUGAAAAAACUUCCAGCGUCGUUGGCAUAAUAAGAUUUAUUUAUUGAUUACGAUGUUAACACGGUGUUUGUAAAAUGUAGAUAGUACUAACUCGGUAGGAUAGUCGUCGAGUCAAUUUUGAAUUGUAUAUUUGUACUAUAGUGGACAAUCCCUCACCCAUAAAUAGGGCACACGAGACCAAUUCGUCCUUCGAACAAUAACUUUGAACCGGAGCGGCGGCCUAAUAAACUAUUGCUUUACGAAUAACACUUAUCAAGGAAACUGCCACUGUUCACGUCAAGCGAUUUAACGCACACCGGGAUUUUAUUGAUUCUAGUGUGCCAAUCCCGUUUACAGCGGGCACAGUAGAUUAACUAACACAGAUCGUUUUUAUUACGAAUUAGAUUUACGUGUUAGUUUAUGUAACUGUUCGUUGCUCGAAUUAAAAAGAGCUCCCAGUAGCAUGUAAUAUGUUGAAAUGUAUGUAAAAAAAAAAAAAAAUUGUAAAUAUAUAAAAAAGGAAUC